CUCCUCCUUUCCUUUUCCCUUACUUUGAGAAGCGUCAUCAAUCAUGUGACCCUGCCCUGAUCUUGGUGUCUUCUCUCGAGACUUCACACUGCCAAGUGCUGACUGCCUAAAAUAGAACUUUAAUGUGAACGGUUUUUGAAAGUCAUGGCUGGCUCUCAAGCAGACUUUGACACUGACUCGGAGGCAUGGAACAGCUUAACUAAGGAGGAGAGGACUAAUAAGCUUCUUGAAAUGAUGAGGACAGCACAGCUUAGAGACAAGGAUAAUGAUCCAUGUUUUCCCAAUGAUCCAUUGAGACAAACAACAUCGCAAGCUGCACAUGCUGAAACUGCUCACCCAAGACUUCAAAAUCUUGACUGGUGCACAUGCAAGAAUUGUAUUAUUAUGCCAACAGUGUUGGAGAACAUUUGCUGUCGGGAGAUAAGCAACGUUCUAAAGUUGAUGGAUCCAUCGCAUUCCUGCAUUGUAGAAAACACAACUUUUAUUGAGCGUUGUCUCAAAGAGGACUUUGUCUACUUCAUAUUGCGACUUCUAAAGAACUUGAAAACCCGUCCCAGUGAUGAUGACUACCAUAGGUACCUACGCAUGACCGGUUACAGAACUUUUACAGUUUGGGUACAUGACUUCCUGGGGAAAAAAAACCGGAGACCGAUUCCCUCUUGUGUUGUCACAGCUAUACGCACAGCUUUCCCGGAUUCCCACAAUCUGUAUCGUGGUUUUAUCCCUUUGGAGGAUUAUGCUGCAGUUAAUAUGGCUCAAGACUUGGACUUUGUAUUAUUGUAGUACCUUUUACAAAUCCUUUUCCCGUGUGUUUUGUAAUAAAAAUUAUAUAUUUGCAAAAUAUAAACUAAAAGGGCCCUGCUUUUUCAAAGCCUACUGAAACAAUAAAAGUGAUUUUGUUUUCAAAAA